AUGGACUUUCAAAAUCGUGCUGGCGGUAAGACGGGCAGCGGAGCCCCGGCAUCAUCGCAACAAGAAGGAAUUGAUCGCAGAGAGCGGCUCAGACAACUUGCCCUUGAAACGAUCGACUUGAACAAGGACCCCUAUUUUAUGCGAAAUCAUGUUGGUACUUACGAGUGCAAACUUUGUCUCACUCUGCACAACAAUGAAGGUUCGUACUUGGCUCACACCCAGGGUAAAAAGCAUCAAGCUAACCUGGCUCGACGUGCGGCGAAGGAGGCUGCGGAACAACCGUUUUUGCCUGCUCCUCAACAAGCAAAAGUCGAUAUCAAGCGAUUUGUGAAGAUUGGACGUCCUGGUUACAAGGUGACUCGUGAGCGUGAUCCACAAACUGGACAACUUGCAUUACUCUUUCAAAUUGACUAUCCCGAAGCAUCAGACGGAGUCGUUCCUCGACACAGGUUCAUGUCUGCCUACGAACAGAAGAUUCAUCCACCUGAGAAGAAAUAUCAAUAUCUUCUUUUUGCCGCUGAGCCUUACGAGACGAUUGCUUUCAAAAUUCCAUCAAAAGAAGUUGACAAAUCGGAAGACAAAUUUUGGCAAUUGUGGAACAAGGAUACAAAACAAUUCUUUGUUCAGGUUUGUGUU